UGAAUGAAGCAAAUUAUAUAAGAAUGGAAUAUUAUGGGGUUGUGGGUUUGGUAUUAGCCGGUUUGGCAUGGAUGUGGUUGGGAAAUAAAAGAUUGAAAUUUGGUAAUAAGCUUCCACCUGCUCCAACAUGUUGGCCAAUUGUUGGAAACAUUUUGCAGCUAGCAAGGUUGUCAUCAUCACCACCACAUGAAUCAUUUGCAAUACUUGCUCGUAAACACGGUCCAAUCAUGACCCUUUGGUUAGGUUCCAUGUGUACCGUUGUUGUCUCCUCCAGUGAAGUUGCUCGUCAAAUGUUCAAAAACAACGAUGUUGUUCUUGCUGGUAGGAAGGUUUAUGAAGCCAUGAAAGGUAAUUAUGAGAAUGGUAUUAUUGAAGGUUCUCUCAUUACUUCUCAAUACAACUCACACUGGCGCAUGUUGAAACGAUUGGCUACUCAUGAGUUCUUUGUCACUAGUCGCUUAGAUGCUAUGCGAGAUGUGCGUGCAAAAUGCGUAGAUCGAAUGUUGAAUUUGAUCGAACAUGAAUCUGUUAAUUCUGUUGGUGUUGGUGUUGAUGUUGGUAAUUUUCUUUUCACAAUGUCUUUUAACCUCAUUGGGAACCUUAUUUUUUCAAAGGAUUUGUUAGGGCCUGGAAUGGAAAUGGAAAGAGGAGGUAGAUUCCAUUACCAUACUGUUAAGAUAAUGGAGUAUACUGGUAAACCAAAUGUAGCUGAUUAUUUCCCAAUGUUGAGGUGGCUUGAUCCACAAGGUUUAAGGAGAAACACAAAGUUUCAUGUUGAAGAAGCGUUUGAGAUAGCAGGAUGGUUCAUCAAACAAAGAAUGAAAGGUAGCAGUGAUGGAAACACCAAAGACUUUUUGGAUGUGCUGUUGCAGUUUCGCGGAGAUGCUGCCACUGGGCCCUACCACUUUACUUCCAAAACUAUUAACGUCGUUGUCUUGGAAAUGUUCACUGCAGGGACAGACACGACAACAAGCACAAUAGAAUGGGCAAUGGCUGAGCUUCUGCACAGUCCAAGAACGCUAAAGAAAGUGCAAAUGGAACUAAGGAGCAAAAUAGGGAAAAUUGAAGAAAAUGACAUUGAAAAUCUUCCCUACCUCAAAGCAGUUAUCAAGGAGACUUUGAGACUUCACCCACCGCUUCCUUUUUUGGUUCCUCACAAGGCCAUGGACUCUUGCAACAUUCAAGAAUACUACAUUCCCAAAGAGACACAAAUUUUAGUGAAUGUUUGGGCGAUUGGGAGGGACCCCAAAGUGUGGGAUGAUCCCUUAUUGUUCUUGCCAGAAAGGUUUAUGGAGCCAAACAUGGUAGAUUACAAGGGACAGCAUUUUGAGUUUAUACCUUUUGGUUCUGGUCGAAGAAUGUGCCCGGCAAUGCCACUUGUCUCUCGUGUGCUUCCAAUGGCACUAGGCUCCCUUCUCAAAUACUUUGAUUGGAUAUUGCCUGAUGGCAUUAAGCCAGAGGAGAUGGACAUGACAGAGGGAACUGGAAUAACACUGAGAAAAGCCAUUCCUUUGAAAGCCAUACCUGUGCCUUACACAGGAACUCCUGUCCCAGUUGCAGAUGCAGGGAAAUAAAACAUCCAACUGAUAGCUAUAGUGCUUAAAUUAUGGGUUGCUGUUUGAGACUCAUCACCAUGCUUACCUGUUUUUCUGUGUUGGUUUGCUACACCAGUAGUGAAUUAGAGUUAAUUGAUUUCUGUUCAAUUUGUUGUUAGUUAAAAAGAACAUUGCUUCAAUAGUGUUGUAAUGCCAUCCGAACAUCAUAAUUAGUAUAAACUACUGUUACACGUGAAAAAUGUGCCAGCCCACAACAAUUUUAUGUA